AUGACCUUCUUCGGCGGCAACAAUAUCACGCUUACCGCUCAUUGGGAACCCGAGCCCAAUAAACGCGGCACCUUUAGCAUCUUAUCAACCUGUCUAUUCACGAUGCUGUUAUGUGUGGCCUAUACGGCCUUCCGUCAAUAUCAGGACGCAAAGGCUUUGACUAAACAUAUGAGAGCGAAGUUCGAUCAGCCUUUGCCAAAAUCAACUGUAGCAAGAUGCACGGCUGCAGUCAAAAGUGCCAUUUCAGCAGCCUCGAAGAGCCCCGCUAAGCUCGUACGUUGUUUCAAAGUGUUGCUCAUUACGUCUAAGCAGCAACCAGAAGGAAUAACAAACCCCGGUGAUAUUGUGCAUCCACACAAAGAACCAAAAGCGCGAGUACGACAUGCAUGGACCAUGAUACACAGUCACUUUGCCCUAAUGGGUGGAAUAGCCAUCGACACACGAACAGCACCUACAAGUUUCCUGCCGCGUGGAAUAACCCGCACAAUCAUCACCUAUGAUGGCUUAAUUUUCCUCGCCGAUAAAGACCCAGCUCUCGUCCCAGAUAUUUCCCGGGCGCAAAUCCUCGAUAAAAGUAAAGCCAGCGGCUUCGCCAAAGCUCUUGUGUGCUUCCAGGCCCUGUGGUUUUCCACACAAGUCAUAACGCGCCUCGCUCAGGGACUAAGUAUCUGUAUUCUCGAGCUCCACACGUUUGCACAUGCCCUGUGUACACUACUAAUCUACUGCUUCUGGUGGGACAAACCCCUUGAUGUUAGCGAGCCGAGUCUGGUGGUGGGGAGUGAAACGCAUGGAAUCGCUGCUAUCAUGGCUCUGUUCUGGGAUUUCAACGCCUCGUCUAGGAAACUCGGUACCGAUACCUGGGCCAAGUUCGAACUUGACCCAUAUUGCUUCGAUCCUCAUAAAACCACUGUCGAACUACAGGAGCUCGGAAUGGGUGUAUUAGGUUGCCGACGCGCUCCUACAAUGGAUCAUCAAGCGCUGCUGACUCCCCAUACGCUCACGACUGAGCAACGGAUCCGAAUGUGGCCUGGACAAUCGAUCCACGGAUUCUGUUUUUGUGGCUACUGGCCUCGAAUCAAGUUCGACCGACAUUUUUUCGAUUCGUACAAUGUCGUGUACAGCAGUGAUAAUUACGUCGAUAUAUUUCCUAGCGAUCUUGAAUGCAUGAGGCUCGCGCUCCCUGCUCUUCAGAAAUAUGAUAUGAUCCAGUACGACCAAUGUAAAUGGGAUCAUUACGCGGCCGAUGGAACUAGAGUGAGCCAUUACAUACCUACCAUCCGCUGGGAAUAUGGCGAAUAUAUGUGGGGUGGGAUGGGGAUGGUUAGGGAUCGUGUUGAGAAUAUAGGUGGUUAUGCCGGUCAUCUCAAUACGAGUUUCGACCGACUUUUCAUGGUCUUUUCCUUGGCGAGCCUGUCCUAUGGCGGUUUACAUCUUAUGGCAUGGAACGCCCCACUUGCUUCGAACGUACAGAGAAUACUUUGGCGUAUCUCAGCAGCGUCGCUGGCUGGACCAGCUGGGCUAUAUUUUGCUUACAUGCUUACUCGAGCUUCAAAGCUACGUAUUCCUGCAAGCCGCGUUUAUCACGAUACCUUUGAUCCACCCCGCUACAAAAUCUUCGCCAAAUUAGGGAACUUACGGGAUGCUGCGUAUUUUGCGGAUCAUAAAUUCGCGGCCACAUGGAUAGGCCAUAUACGCACAGCAAUAGAGUAUGUAUUGGAUAUGCCUAGAUUGGCGUUUGGCUCUAUAUUACUUGCGGCUGGCGCUCUGAGCUUGUUAUGGCUCUUCGCUAGGGUCUUUAUCAUUGUAGAAUGCUUUAUUAAUCUUGCUUUUCUACCAGAAUCAGCUUACGAUACACCAAAUUGGUCGAGAUAUGCUCCUCAUUUCACGUAG